CAGCUUCACAGAGAUAAAUAAGUUUUACAAUUAGAAUUCAUACGUUUAAAGUGUAUACGUUUGUCUAUAAUAUGCAAGGAAAAACUCCCUGAGGCCUAAUGAGAAAGAAACCUUGAGAGGAACCUGUCUGGAUCUGGAUGUCACCGAAUUUCCAUUCAUUAUCAUUUUAUCAAAAUACAGAUUCUUUCUUUGCAUAUUCCAGUAAUGUUAGGAAUCAGAGCUCAGAGUCAGGGUGAAGGGCCUUGAACCUCCAACCUUCAGCACUAAACUACCACCUGAUCUUUAUUUACAUUUAUGACUUUUAGCAGACGCCCUUAUUGUUAUCUCAUUCAUGAGUAACUGUCCUAAGAAGGUUCUUCAGAAGUAUGUUUAACUUGAUAAAGAGGUGGACAGGGUGAAGAUGAUGAUGAUGAUGAUGAUGGAUAUAAUGUCCAAGGACCAUGGAAUGUAAUAUAAAAAAAUGUAUUAAAUGCAACAUAAAUGCCAAGAAUCACUUUCACCCAGAAGAUAGUGAGGACUGAGAAGGUGACCCUGGUGCUUUUAUUGUUUGUUGUUUUUUUCUCCAGUGGAGAAUGAGGAAGUGGAGGAUGAGGAAAAGAAACCCGGCAGCAGCUGCCACGUUACUGCACAAACACGCGCAGAGGGACACGAAGAGACCAGGAGGAGAACUGAUACACGUCGCGUCAACUUCCUUUUUUUGUGCUCAUGGACUGAGACGGCGUUUCUGCACUCGUGGAUCGCGCGUGCCCCGUUUGUCCACGCGGAAAACAGACCGAGCGCGCGCGUCAUUGCGCGUCGUGAAGUUACGCGCACGCACGCACACACGCACACAUACACACACGCACACACAGAGUGCAUAUGGCGAUGUGGAUCCUCCAGCUGCUGCCCCUCUGCCUGUGGGUCUCCAUGCCCACGCCAGCUUACGGAAGAGAGUGCAGGCUUGAGCUCAAAAAGGCGGACUGCAGCCACAUGAACUUGAAGACCAUCCCUCAAGACCUGCCCGAGGACAUCCGCGUCCUGGACGUGUCCCAUAACCGGCUGGUGGAGCUCAUACCCCAGUCUCUGACCCGAUACCGAGAUCUGGAGCAGCUCGAUGGCAGCUACAACAGCCUGAAGUUGUUACCGGCGGCCCUGUGCCAGGUCGUGCCCGCGCUCUGGCGCCUCACGCUGCGUCACAACGAAGUGCGUCUGCUGCAAAACCUGCGGAACUGCACGCACCUCACACACCUGGACCUGUCCGACAACAGGCUCAGACUGGAGGGAGAACCCUUCUCAGGGACAGAGAAUUUGACUUGGCUGGACAUAUCCCGAAACAAGCUGACCUCCGCUCGCCUGGGGUCCCGUCCACAGCUUCCCAGCCUGAAGACCCUCCUCCUCUCUGGCAACGACAUCGCAGAUCUGAAGAAGGACGACUUGAAUUUUCUCAGCGAGUCCUCGUCGUUCCGGACGCUGGCUCUUUCUUUUCUGCCUCUGAAGAAGGUGGAACACGGCUGCUUCAAGCCCAUUGCUGGUUUGCAAGACCUCGUGCUGGACGGUUGUAAACUCAACCCCACCUUUAUUUCCAACCUCUGCGAGGAGCUGUCAGACACCUCUUUGAGAAACCUGUCUAUCCAAAAUACUCAGCAGGUCAUGCUGACUAACAGCACCUUCAAAGGCCUUGGAAAGACCAACCUCACUAUUCUGGAUCUCUCGAACAACAAGUUAGCCAGAAUUAGAGAUGGUUCCUUUCAGUGGUUUCCCAUGCUGGAGUACCUGUCUUUAGAGCAAAACAUCAUAAAACAAUUGACUAAAGGAACCUUCUUGGGACUGAAAAGUCUGAGGAAACUCAACCUACAGAUGGCGCUAGUUAAAAGUCAUACAUCUCCACUUCCUGUCAUAGACGACUUCUCUUUCCAGCCACUGGUCAAGCUGGAAUAUCUGAACAUGGAGAGGACAGCGUUCAGAGAGAUCCCCAAGAAUAUAUUUGAUGGUCUUUUGUGUCUCAGGGAGCUGAACAUGGGUUGGAGCAGUACAGGAAUAAAGAUGAUCAGCAAUACCACCUUUGCAUCCUUAAAAGGAUCUCUGUUUCUUCAGACACUCAAUCUUACAGGUAUGGGCAUCAAGAGCCUCGGCCCGGGAGCCUUUUCAAGCUUGGGCAACCUCAAGGUUCUUGUUCUAAGCCAUAACUUCAUCAAGCAGCAGCUGAUGGGGGAGGAGUUUCAGGGUCUCAACAGUAUCAGGGAAAUCCAUUUGUCAUUCAACCAGCAGAUGAUCACUUUAUUGUCUACGUCGUUCAUCAACAUACCCACACUAAGGAUUCUGAUGCUCGGGCAUGCCCUGACCUCCAAUUUGGACAUGGAACCAUCUCCAUUUAGACCGCUAGCUAACCUGACGGUGUUGGAUCUCAGUAAUAAUAACAUCGCAAACAUAGGACACGGCUUGCUGGAUGGGCUACACCAUCUCAGCGUGCUAAAAAUGCAGCACAAUAAUUUAGCCAGAGUGUGGAAAAAUGCUAAUCCCGGGGGUCCCGUGCUGUUCUUUCGCGACGCUCAGAACCUCACACUUCUUCAGUUGGACUACAAUGGUUUUGAUGAGAUUCCAACGUCAGCCUUCCGAAGCCUCUCGCAGUUAAUAUACUUGAGUCUUAUUGGGAAUCUUCUGAAUUUCCUGCACAACUCUAUUUUUGACGACCUGAAGUCUUUACGCUUUCUGUGGCUGCAGAAGAACCUUUUGACCUCGGUGCGUCGGGAGACGUUCGGUGUGCCGCUGUCCAACCUGUCCGAGCUUUUCAUGGACCAUAAUCCCUUUGAUUGCACGUGCGAGAGUAUACUAUGGUUUUACAACUGGCUCAAUAGCACCAACACGAGCGUUCCCGACCGUGCCAAAAGCUACAUCUGCAACACUCCGUCCAUGUACUUCAACCGCUCUGUGUUGGACUUCAAUCCAGAGUCUUGCAAGGACCUGGUACCCUUCGAGGUUUUAUUUGUAAUCACUACCACCUUAGUACUCUGUCUAAUGGUUGUAGCAUUUCUCCUGCACUUCCAGGGCUGGAGAAUUAAAUUCUACUGGAACAUUGUAGUCAAUCUCACCCUAGAUAUAAACGACUCCCCCUAUAAAAGGUUAGCCGAGUGCAGAUACGAAUAUAAAGCCUACAUCGUCCAUGCUCAGGAGGAUAAACUUUGGGUGGAGCGAAGCUUGCUUCCUCUGGAGGACAAGGAGUUUAAGUUCUACUUGGAGGACCGGGACGCAUUGGCAGGCAGUUCUACCUUAGAAAGCAUUGUAGGCAACAUGAGAAUGUCCCGGAAAAUAAUUUUUGUUGUCACAGAGGCGCUUUUGAAUGACCCCUGGUGUAGACAAUUUAAAGUCCACCACGCCCUUCACCAGGUCAUAGAAGAAAACCGAGACUCGCUGGUUCUGAUCUUCCUGGAGGAUGUUGCAGAUUACCGCUUGACUCAGUCGCUCAUGUUGCGCAAAGGCAUGCUAAAGCGCCGCUGCAUUGUCCAGUGGCCUUUGCAAAAAGAGCGCAUCCCGGCUUUCCGCCAGGAGCUGCAGCUAGCGUUAGCCUCAAGCAACCGGGUCAACUGAAGCCUGCUAUCUGGAAAAACAGAGCCUGGAUUACUUAAUGCUAGCCUCAAGAAAGACUUUAUUAAAGCUUGAAGCUUAAAGGUUUGUUAGCUUGACGUUGAAUUGUUAAGCUAGCAGGCUACAGAGUGUUCGCAGAUACCAAUAGCUAGUUUUUGACGAAUGCUAGUUUCUAAAAAAAAGUGGUAAGCUAAGCCGUUUUAAACUGACAGGACCACGUCGAGUCAAAUUUGAAGACUGUGUUAGAGCAAGCUAGCGAUAAUUAGGAACAUUCAGGACAUACCAUUAGCAAUUAUCUUGAUUUAAUGGAAGCUACGCUUCUGAGAGACUCGCGUAUGAACAGACGAAAGUUUUGCACUAUGAAGAGCUGAAUAUUUGUAACUGAUGAUAUUUUUUUUGUGGUGUUCAACUUUUAUCAAAACCUUUCAUUACUAAUCUGUGUGUAAAUUAGUGAGUCGUUCAUGAACCAUUUGUUCAUUUUUGAACGAGUCUUUAAUGUGACUCAGAUGAACGAGUCGUCUUAAAGAGUGAUUCAUUCAAAUCUCCAUAGUUAUGAACAGGAAAAAUAAUUCUUCCUGGUCUUUCAAUACGUGACUCCCAGAGACGCUAUGAAGUUUAUUACACAGGAAACAGAAUUGAGUCAUUGAUCUCAUGAGUCUUCUGGUCCGAGUCAUUUGUUCUUUUGUCACGUGACUCCCAUAUACGCUACCACACAAAUCAAUAGAUCAGGUUUUUCUGAUUUUCAUCAUUAUUGUUACAAUAAUUAUCACGUGAUGAAAGAACUAACGACACAAACCAGAGGAUAUGAGAGGAGAGGCUUCUCAUUGUGUUUAUCAUCUUCUUCUUUCGGCUUCUCCCAUUAGGGGGCGCCACAGCGGAUCAUCUGUCUCCAUACCCCCCUGUCCUCUACAUCUGCCUCUUUCAACCCAACUACCUGCAUGUCUUCCUUCACCACAU